UACUCUUCCCGUACUUUUCAUUUGCCUCCAGAUCCUCCACCUUAAUCCUCUUCCUACUUUCCCCACGGGCCGAGCUCCACCCCGCCGGCCUCGGCUAGUGGCGUCUUAGUGACUACGGACCUUCCAACAUCACAUCACGUCUUUCAGACAUUUCCUUCUCGAAGGAACUUACACAAGACUCGCGUGCUCAACUGAACAAACACCUCCGAACAACACCAAUUGCCCCAAUCGCGAUCUUAGCUGACCAAUUCUCGGACGUGCUCGUGCUAGCGCAUUUGGUUCUAGCUCUUUUCAGCAUUCUAUUUGUACCCACCCUCGCAUGUGCCAGUGCCGGUUGUAGAACAUAUCACAGUAUCCCAGCUUGCAGAAUUCCGACAAUUCACCCCAGCCAGCGCUGAAACUCUUUCACACCACUAACGUUGAUGACGGAAGCGACCAAAACGUCCAAUGAAGCAUCCACCCAUGGUAUGACGACGUCCAGGUCCGCGGAUCAGGGGAAAGAUGUCGACAAACCAGAUGCCUCCAAGAAAAGUCCUUCGCAAAAGGAUAGGGCGCCUCCCGCGUCCUCCUCCGGGGGGCCGACGAAAACUCAGAAGAAGCGUAGAAAAGUCAAUCAUGCGUGUAUUUACUGCAGACGUUCGCAUAUGACCUGCGACCUUGAACGUCCCUGUACACGGUGCAUCAAGCGAAAUAUUGGCCAUCUCUGCCACGAUGAACCUCGAGAGAAUGUCAAGAAGUCCAAGACAGAGCCAGAAGCUACCAACGGCGACGAUGAUGCCCACAAGCGCGAUGCGCCCCCAUCCGAUUCUUCCAGGAACUCCGUUGACCUGAGGCCAAAUGGUCCAGAUACAGGCCUGACCCUUGCGCCGCCUCCUGUACCUGUGAAUAGAGGUGCCAACGCACCAGCGAUCGCCCAGCCCACGCCCGUAUCUGCGCCACAGCUGCCAGGCCUAGCUUCUGGCAGUCCCUCCCUUAUCAACUACAACAAUGACUGGGCUUCGUCUUCUCAGAACAAUUUCCAGGACAUGCACCACUACCAUCCAUCCUUUAUGUUCAACACUUCCGAAGUCAGUAGCGAGUAUAAUCUCCUCAACGAUUUCCUCAGCAACAGCCUGAUGGAUGACGGUGGCUUCUAUGGUGGUAGUGAAUUCCACCAACUCUUCUCCGACCCUUCUUUGGCAAAUCCCAUGGGCAACCUCACCAAUGAUUCUGUCUACAAUCCCAAUACGACCCAGUUGCUGCCGCCACCCGCGCAGACAGCCGCAGGCAAUGCCAUCCAAAGGCCAGCUAGCGGAUUUCCCAUGGACAAGGCGCGCGAGAAGUACCUCAUGACAGCCGCGGAUAAUGCUGGUAAUGAAAGUCCCGAAGACCGAUUGAAUAAACUCCUCAAGGCGAAAAUGGACGCCGGUCUUUUGAAGCCUUUCAACUAUGUCAAGGGGUACGCGCGCUUGAAUCAAUACAUGGAGCAAAACCUCCAGCAGCUCUCGCGAGUGCGGAUCCUGCGUCAGCUGGAUCGUUUCAGACCAAAGUUCCGUGAAAGAAUGCAAGCCUUGACGGAUAUGGAGCUGGUGCGAGUGGAGAUGUGGUUCGACACAAGCCUAAUGGACUACGAUCGUGUCUUCGCCAGUAUGGCCAUUCCGGCUUGCUGCUGGCGCAGGACUGGAGAGAUAUAUCGGGGAAACAAGGAAAUGGCAGAACUGAUACAUGCACCCAUGUCGAAGUUGCGAGAUGGUCAAAUCGCCCUCCAUGAAAUUAUUGCAGAGCCUUCGUUGGUUUCAUACUGGGAGAAAUUUGGAGCCAUCGCUUUCGACCAUACCCAGAAAGCCAUUUUGACGAGCUGCUCCCUCAAGAACCCUGAUCCAAACUCGAAGGAUCCCGAGAUUCGAUGUUGCUUUUCCUUUACUGUGAAGCGCGAUAUGUACAACAUCCCUGCAUUGAUCGUUGGUAAUUUCCUACCGAUAGCCGAACCUUCGUCGGGCCCCUUGUAACCCCAAGUGGCGAGUAAUGCGUGCCAGAAUCGAGUGGCAUACUGUACCACUAUGUGCGGAUAUGUCGGUUGCACGUAAUAACAGUAAUGAUGUGCAUGUAACACUGGGAUUGGAGUUAUGGCUUGAGACAACAUGGACGGAUUGGGACGGACAUUUGGCACGUCACUGGGUCGCACCUAUCCUUGCGCUUGUAUUUGGUUUACAUGCACUUUUUUUUCUUGGAAAUAUGCUCCCAAAAAAACCCAAUUGUUUGCACUGACUGAUAUCGUCAGUCUAAUAAGAUUGCUC